GUUUUUCGGUCAGCAGUGAGAGAGUCCUGACUGUGUAGGCUACUGCAACAUGUUCCAACUCACUGUGAGGGAGUUGUCUGUUUCACUCACUGCCUAUCGCUCGGAUUAGUUUAGGUAGUGUUAUGAUAUGUGUAUAGGGGAGCAAAACGGAGAAGACUAAAGAAUGUGAGCCGAUGUGCAUCUGUACACUUUGACCGCGUCUCCAGCUGAGACUACCCGACAGACCCUGAGUCCUUCACGAUGGUGUUGCCCGUGGCCCACUCGUCGAGGCUAAAGUAUGUGUCUCUGGGGGUGUUGGUGUGGCAGACCACCUCUCUGGUGCUCACCAUGCGCUACUCCCGCACCCUGAAGGAGGACGGCCCGCGCUACCUGGCCUCAUCCGCUGUGGUGUCAGCCGAGGUGCUCAAAAUCCUUGUCUGCACCCUCAUCGUCUUCAUGGAGAACAAUUUCAGCAUGCGGCUGCUGAAGGAGGAGAUUGUGAACAAGCCCGUGGAGACCCUGAAGCUGGCCAUUCCUGCGGGGAUCUACACACUGCAGAACAAUCUGCUCUAUGUAGCCUUGUCCAACCUGGACGCAGCCACGUAUCAGGUUACGUACCAGUUGAAGAUCCUCACCACAGCACUGUUUUCUGUCUCCAUGCUGGGGAAAAGGUUAGGAUUCUACCAGUGGCUCUCCCUACUGUUCCUCAUGGCUGGAGUCACUCUAGUGCAGUGGCCCACAGAGUCUGAAGUGAACUCUGUGCAGGUGAUCCUGUCUGCAGGCUCUCAAUUUGUGGGGCUGAUGGCUGUGCUGACGGCCUGUUUGUCCAGUGGCUUUGCUGGAGUUUACUUUGAGAAAAUCCUCAAGGAGACUAAGCAGAGUGUGUGGGUCCGAAACAUACAGCUGGGUUUGUUUGGCUUUCUGUUUGGCAUUGUAGGAAUGACAGUUUAUGACGGCGAGAGGGUUAGAGAAUCAGGAAUGUUUCAGGGUUACAACACCAUCACAUGCACAGUUGUUGCCUUACAGGCUCUGGGCGGGUUGGUGAUAGCGGUGGUCAUUAAAUAUGCAGACAACAUCCUCAAAGGUUUCGCCACCUCUCUGUCUAUCAUCGUGUCCACACUCAUGUCAUACUUCCUGUUGGAGGACUUCAACCCUACAAUUUUAUUUUUCAUGGGCGCAAUGCUGGUUAUUGCUGCCACAUUUCUCUACAGCAACGAGCGCAAACCUGCUAACGGCAGCGCCAUCAAAGUCUAAACUGUGACUUCUGUGAAGUGUGCUACAAGACAGGACUCCGAAUGUUGAAAACCUGAUAGACCCUUCCGGACUCUAUGAUCCGUGGCAUUGAGUAUGGCGCCAUACUCAAUGCCACGCGCGUGCGGAAAAUAUUCAACGGGGUAUUUGGAAGUGAUACAACCUGGCAGUGCCAAACAUCUACAAAUGGAGGCUGCUGGGGCUGUAUGUUCUCUAUCAGUUUCCUGACGAAAUGGUGCUUUGCACAAAAGAUAAAUACCUUUUUCCUAGUGAAUACUAACGGGAAGUAAGCCCAAGGUGGAGAUAACUUGUGGACAGACACUGGCAGUAAAACUCACAUACUGUCUGCACAACUAGUGUUCGGGAGUUACUUGUUACAUGUAUUUAUUUAAUUAAAUAACAAAAUUAAUGUAAUUGUAAUCUAACAAUUACUAAGAAAGACACAUUUAUUUCAUAAAUUAGUUUUAAAAUGUUGUUGAUUACUAAGGUUGCAUUCCAUUAUAUUAUUCAUGGUAAGAAGCUUAUACUGUAUCAUUAAUUUGAUAUGGUCUAAUCUUAUUUCAAAUCAAAUUAAAGAACUUUAAACCUUUGUUGUAAGAGUGGUAAAGGGAACAGUGUCGGGACAUUUACAAUGAUUGAGUGUUUUGAGGACUUUUUUUGCUUUAUUACCCAGUUUAAAAAAUGUUUUAGAAAAGUGAUCUAAUGUUGUAAAUAAAAUACUUUGCUAUCGAAAUUAGUAAUUACGUAUUGCAUCUUAAACAUAAUACAUUUCUAAAGUGAUCUCACCGAGAGUGUGAAUGACAGAGUAAUAGUAAUGGAAAUGAUCUGUUAAUGCAAUUUACAGAGAUUAUUACGAUUAAAACAUGUUUUGUGUCUGUAAACCUUUAUUUUAUAUAUAUAUAAAUAUACCGGUAAUGUAUUUAAAUGUAAUGGGAUGAAGGGAAAGGGGUUUAUUAUUAAACAAAAAGUGUAUUCAUGAUGCUUACAGCUCCGGCCUCAGAGGGAAGAAACUCCUCGACAGAGCUUCCAUCUAGUGGUGGAAUGAGGAGAAACCUGCUGCAGAGAGGAGGGGGUGCCUCUGGUCAAAGAUGCUGAAUGUCCUUUUUUUUAAAAAAUGAAAUGAGAUAAGAUGGGACAUGGCUGGGUUGACCUUGCUGCUCACAGUCUGAGUAUUUCAAUCAAUAGCACUCAUACUGAUCUAAAUGAAAUGCAAAAUAGAGGUCUUUGUGCGAGAACAAAUGAAUAAAUUA